AUGUCAUCAGAAAGUAGGUUCCAGCAACGACUUGUUGAAACAAUUAAGACUGGAAAGCUUGAAGAUUUUAUUGCCUUGAAGGUCAGCAAGAACGAAAUUAAUACAAAACUUCUUCCAACAGAAAAUAUCAUUCCAGUACCUAAAUAUUCUACAAAGGAUACAUAUUUUUGCCCCAAAGAACCAACACCAUUAAUGCUUGCAGUUCUUUGCGAGCGUGAUGACAUAGUUAAAUAUAUACUCGAUAACUUAGAACCAAAACUUGAAAUUAAAUCUAACGGAUUCAAUGCUUUUCAUUUAUCAGUACUUACUAAAGAUCAUAAGUGCUUUGAUCUUUUAUUCUCCUGCCAAUAUUAUCAAGAACACGUCGAUGAACCAAUUGAAAUUCCAGCACAAACCAAGAAAGAAUUCGAAACAAUUAUUAUUCAUCCAGCUGUAUCAUGUUCUAACUACUAUGCUGUCCUUGCUUUGCUAUCUCGUCCCCCAGAAAUUAAAUAUCCAGAUAAAUCAAGAACAAGUGAUGAACCAUUUGUAUACAAAUCAGUUGAUGUGAAUGCAGUAUCACAAACUGGCUCUACACCAUUGAAAAUUUCCGUUCAUUGUAGGAAUACAGAUAUGGUUUGCAUAUUAAAGUUUUUUGGAGCAUCAAAUACGGAACCAAAAGAAUCAAAUGCUCAAGAUUACUUAGAUAUGCUUGUUAACAAACUCAAAGAGUCCAAUUCUCAAUCAAAAGAGAAACAACUACAAGAAUACGAACAAAUUCAAAAAUACAUGAAUGAAAAAGAUAUUUAUUCAGAUCUUAACAGGAUCAAGAUUCAAUGUGGAUUUAAACAAUUAGAUAUGGAUGAAGAAGAAGAGGAUUAUAAUGAUAUUCCUGUUGCUGCAGCACCAACAGUGAACAAAUACAAUGAAAACAUUGUUCAAUCAAUUGCAAAGUCUGCCAAAUCUCACAUUUGCCAUGGCAAUAACUGCAAUAGAGAAGGAACAAUUCUAUAUGAUGUGGAUGGCUUUUAUUAUUGCCAAGUUUGUUAUGAAAAAGCUAAGAAACGCUAA